AUACUGAGAAAGGAGGGGGCAGGCUGCAAGGGAAAAUUUGAUCCUCACUCAGGUUGGAAAUUCAAGCAUCUGUCAACGCAUCCAGCUCAGUGUGUGGUAUAUAAGAGCGGCGCAGCUUGUCAGUGGCCACCACAAAGCCUUAUCAUCCUCCUGCUGCUGCUUUGGACCUGGACGGACAGGAAGCUGAGCCAACAGAGGACCAACAUGUCGCUCACCUCCAUCCUUUCAGCUGAUGCCAUUGAAAAUGCUGUCAAGGACUGCCAAGCUCCGGACUCAUUCUCCUACAAGAAGUUCUUCCAGCUGUGUGGCCUGUCCUCGAAGACGCCCCAGGAGGUCAAAGAUGUCUUCCAGAUCCUCGACGAGGACAACAGCGGCUUCAUCGAGGAGUCUGAGCUCAAGUACUUCCUGCAGCGGUUCGUCCCAGGGGCGCGAACACUGACCGAGGCAGAAACCAAGAGCUUCAUUUCAGCUGCUGAUGAUGACAGUGACGGCAGAAUUGGAGCAGAGGAAUUCCAGAUGAUGGUCCUGUCCUGAGUUUUGCAGACGAAAGGAGCUCAAUUAUGUAACUGUUUCAAAAAAUUACCAUUUAAACACAAGAGGCUUUUUAUUAGUUUCUCCACUGUGUCGAUCCAUGUUUGCUUGUCUGUGCACAUCCCAUCUUUGACAAUGAAUGAGAUAAAUAAACACGUGGAAACAUACA